CGCCGAGGCUCUCGCCCUUGCUUCGUAUAGUUCGCGGCCAGACCCGCUGGCGCCAGUCGUGACUUCGGCCGUGCUGUUUGUCACAUUAUCCACUCGCAACUGACGUGACUCAAUAACAACGACUGUACAUUGAUGUGACAUUCGCGUGUUGUACUCUCACAUGUUUCUUCUUACAUUAAAUUUACAUAAUACUUAAGUGUUCUGUUUAGGUAAAUAGUGACAGUUGAGCCAGAAUUGAACAUGAGUGACAGUAGAGCCGCUAUAACCGCGGCAACUUGAGUGCUUGUGCUGGUGUAAACUUACAAGUAUGUUUCGUGAAAUUCAAGACUUUAGUGCUGAUGUGAAAGGUGUUAAUAUGUUUCAAUCCAGUCAACUGCAGUACCACUUGGUACUAAAUCCAGCUUAAAGUUUUAAAAGACCACAAAAUUGUGUCAGCGAUGGCUCUAUCAUUAAAACAGUGCUUACUUUUAGUAAUUAUAUCGUCGUGGCAAGUCACCAAUUUAGCUUCUAUUUGCCUAAAAACAUGCAUGUGUAACAAUAACAUAACUUUAUGCCAAAAAUGUUCCUACAAUGUUACUGUCAAAGAAAAUUUUAAUGUAUAUCACACUUCUGUAUGCUGUAAUGAAGACACACAGAUGUCAUCAUGGUCGCAAAAAUACAUAAAUAAAACUCUUUCAGAAGUUGCUAUUACCUAUGGAAAGACAUGUAAUGAAAGCACUGUUCAUAUUGAAUUACCGUUAUUGAAUACUUAUUCGUUGUCUAUUAGAAAUAAUAACAUCGUCAAAUUAAGAUUCAACAUUAAACCACAAAACUUAAGAGAAAUUGACCUAUCCUCGAAUAAAUUGCAAUAUAUAACCACAGGCCUCUUUAAUAACUUUUCAAACUUACGAAAACUAAUUUUGAGUAGAAAUGAAAUCAUCAACAUAUUCGAAGAAAGUUUUAAUGGGUUAUCAAAAUUGGAAUCGUUGGAUUUGUCGGAGAAUAAUUUAACAAUUUUAGCAAAUGUUUUUACGCCACUUAAAAAUCUUCAGCAUCUUAAUUUAAGUCGAAAUAACAUUCAGUUUAUUCAUGAGAAUUAUUUUAAUAACUGGUUGUUACAACAUUUAGAUGUAUCCCAUAAUAACUUAAAAAAAUUAGCGCCUGGAGCUCUCCAAUUACUACCAAAUUUAGCACGAUUAUUAUUAACAGAUAAUCCCCAUUUGGGAAUUACACAGCUAGACACUCAGUUAUUGGUGGGCACGGGACGCAGACUGCAGCAAAUAGAUGCAUCUAGAACUGGUUUAUAUCAAGUGCCGGAGGCAUUCACACAUUCAGUUCGAUUUUUAUCAUUAGUUGGAAACAGAAUAUCAGCUGUUAGAUGUGGAGAUUUAGACAGUUAUCCAUUGUUGCAAUCCCUGGAUUUUUCUGACAACAAAAUUGUUUUAGUUGAAGACGAUUCUUUAGGAAGACUAGAAAUGUUAUUAUUUUUGAAUUUGAACAAAAACCUACUAACAAGUGUUCCUAAAUCUUUACCAGAUGAAUUAAAAUAUUUAUCUAUCAAUAACAAUUUAAUAAAAAAUUUGUCUAUACCGGAUCUUAAAAAUUUACCAAAUUUGAGGAUUUUACUAUUACAGUAUAAUAAUAUAAACUACAUUGAAGAACAUGUAUUUGAUGAUCUAUUAUCCUUAGAGAUGUUAGAUUUGUCAAAUAACCCUAUAAGAAUGUUAUCAUCCAAUACUUUCGACGGACCUCUUUCUCUUCGGGACUUAAGACUAUGUUAUUUAAAUUUUACUACGCUACAACAAGAUGGGUCAUUUCCUAUGUCAUCACCGGAAAGUGUCCAGAUGCUACAUCUUCAAUCUAGUCCAGGAUUGGCGAGGCAAUUGCUUGCAGAUUCAGCAGCUUUAGCUGCUUUCUCACAUUUACAAUAUUUAGACCUAAGAAUGAAUAACUUGUCUGAAAUUAGAAAUGAUUUACUUUUUUAUUUAGUACAAUUGAAGACUUUAAGAUUGCAUGGUAAUAGCAUUAAUUGUAGUGCUGAAUCGUGGUUAAAAGAUUGGAUGAACUGGAAUAAAACUUUAUCUAAUGGAGAAACUUGCUAUUACUCAACAUCAGUUGCUAAAUCAGAAAUAAAUAAGUACAAUUGUACAUUUCCUGAGACAUUUACAAUAAGCGAAAGUUUGCCGCCAGUAAAUCUCUACAGUACUGAAAUGAUUAAUAAGUUAUUGAGGUAUUAUGGCUACCUUAAUAAUAAAACAGAGAGAGUAUCUAAACAUGAAAACAACAGUUAUUAUGUGAAAAAUACCGAAAAGAACAAAAAUAAACCAGAGGUAAAGGCAAAUAAUAAUAUGACAAUACUUACAGUUAAAUAUGUACCACUACCUUCGAAAAACGAAAAUAAAAUUUACAUAAAUGAUUAUUUAAAUGAAAGUAAUGUGUUUAAAGCCAGAGAAUCUAGUAAAGUGCUGGAUCAAAAUAAACUUCAAAACGAUCGGUUUAGUAUUGAUCACAAAUUUUUAGAUAUCGAACCGUAUUCAUUGCCUACGCAAAACUACAAGAAAAUAUCUGUUUAUGAAGAUGUCGUUGAAAUUCGAAGAAAAAAUCGAUCUGGAAAACGUUUGAAUACACCAAAUAAUGUAACUAGUAAGAUAGAUACAAUUAUAAAACCGACGAAUAAUUCUGGAUCCAAACCUAUACCUAUAUUAAUAGACGAAGCAGAAAGUGUUACCGUUGGUGAAUUAUACGCUACUAGUUCAAAUGAAAAAUCUGAGUAUUCUCCUUACCAAUCGGCUCGUACAAAUUAUGCACAAUAUAUAGGAACUGCAGCAGUAUCAAGUUUAAUAGUAAUGUCAUUGAUCCUAUGGGCAAGUUUCCGAUUACGAUAUAGGAGAAGACGUGUGCCGGUUAUCGACACAGAGGCGGAGGACCAAAUAGAGGUGUCGAAUAUAUCCGGCGGCGUACUGUGGUGACACCUGCGAGCAGCCGACCCCACUCCCUUCGAAUAUGACUCUCUUCUAACGUAGCACUAAUUUCGGAGCGGUUGGCUGCUUUUGCAGGUGUUUUGUGAUACAGUUGGACGUGCAUAUUUUUUUAUUGAAAUAAGUACAAAUAGAGUGAUUAGCUGAGCAGCUAUAAAUAUUGUUCGUGUCCAAAGUGUAAAUAAUUGUUCUGUUAAAUUAUAUCAAAGACCAUAGACGAUAGACAUAUUUUUGUCAUAAGUCGUAGUAGCAUUGUGAUUCUUAAACUAAGUUUGUAUUUUGUUUUGUAUCCACUACACCAUUGCUGUUGGUAUUGUUUCCGGAUUUUUUCCUUUUUUUUUUUUACAACAAAUACGACUUUGUUGACAAUUUUUUUCCACAAUUAUUCUUUACAACCUAUACAAACCCUUUUAUUUAUUAUUAGAGCAAUUGGUAAAGUUAUCAAAAUCUGAAGACAUCAGUCUUAGUAAUACAAUAAUGUCUAAUACGCAAUAAACUGUAACAUGCAAUCACCGACAUGAAUGAUGUAGUUGGAGUCGAAAAAUUGGGAUAUAUUCUAAUAUUAUUAUUAUACGUACCUAUGAACUAUGAAUGCCAAAAUGCAAAAUGUAGCUGAAGUACUCCCAAAAUAAACGAGAUUUAUAGGUUCUUAUAAAUAUAACCUCAACAUAAUAUGUAUAUUUACAUCUAUGGUUGAUAUUUAAUUCGCUAUGGGUAGUGUUUAUUAUCAGUUGGGUUGUAAGCUUCAUUGCCAUUGUUGUCGCAUAAAACAACCGUAAUAUUAAUAUUGAUGGUAUUUAAUUGUAAAAUUAUAUAUUUCUUUUUUAAUCUUUUUAUUGAGACGGUGUUUUGGGAGUAACUCCACAGAUCAAGUCUUCCCUGUUAAUCCUUUAUACCAUUGGCGUAUGACUAUGCUAAUAAUCAUGUAGCACAUUUGACUGUUUAGUGCCAAAUUUUAUUUUUUGCACAAAAUAUUCACUAUACAUUUUCAUAAUUUUAACGUAUGUGCUUUUUAAGACUGUUACUGGACGGUAAAUAUAUGUUGGCAUAUUUUAAACGAGUAUAACAUGCUUAUUUAAGUGUAGAGCUAAUAAAAAAAAAUGUAAUAAUGAUUUGUAUUUCAAGAAAAUUGUUUUAAUUUCCACUUAUGAAGGCAGAAUAUUUGUCAUUUGCUAGCAAUUAGUAAUAUUGCUAUUUUUAUAUAUACAAUAGUUACAACAGUUUUAAUGAUUAUACACAAUUUUUCUGUUAGAUACAGAAUAUAAUGAGUAUCUACAUCAAUGACACAUUUAACUAAUUUACUUAAUAUUCAAUAGUUUGUAUUCAAUGUUUCAUAUAACUGCGUACAUUUGGAUAUCGAUACAUUUCAUUCAUCAUUCUGAAACUAAGGUUGUAACUUGAUAUAUAACAUUUUGAUGACAAUGAUGUGUAGAUAUAUGUUUUUACGUGAAUAGUAGUUUAUUAUGUACAAACAGAUAGCCAAGAUUUAAUAAAUAAAUAGAAAUGCAUUU